AUGUCAUGCCCCCCAACUUCCAAUCCUGUUGACUUUAGCCCAUUUGAUACUUCAUUUCGGCUACCAGCUUAUAAUCCGGAUGACCCGACGCAAGCGGCGCCGUCGUCAUCAAAUGUGCCAACCCCUGCAGUUGACGAACAAAAUGUCGGCAGUACAUCACCGAGUACUGAUGCACAUUUGCAUGAUGCCGACGAGUUGUUAUUCGACUUAAAUGAAGAUUUGGGGGGUACCACUAUUGUCGAAGAUGAUGAAAUGAGGGUUGAAGAACCAAGAUCAGGCAUGGAGUUUGAAAGUGUGAAAGAGCUGACGGCCUACUAUAAGCAAUAUGCGAAGCAAGAGGGUUUCGGUGUACGGACACAGAGAACUAGAAAAGAUGAUGAGGGUAGGCCUGUGUAUGUGACUGUUGGUUGCGCCCGUGGCGGAAAGUACCAACCUAAGAAUAGUAAUAUCUCGAAGCCACGGCCAACAACCAGAACAAAUUGUAAAGCAAGAGUAAAUGCUACAUUGAGCAAGAAUGAAAAGUGGGUUUUCACAACUGUUGAAAUUGUGCACAACCACAUAACUGUGAGCCCCAAGAAAACUAGACUGUUGCGAUCGCACAAGUUUCUAGACGAAUAUAGCCAAAGGAUCCUGGACCUGAAUGAUCGAGCCGGAAUAAGAAUGAACAAAAAUUUUAAUUCUCUUGUUGUUGAUGCGGGGGGUUAUGAGAAUUUAACUUUUCAAGAGAAAGAUUGUCGGAAUUUCAUUGAUAAGGCCAGACAUUUACGGUUGGGUAAAGGAGGUGGCGAAGCCCUUAAUCAUUAUUUCCAAAGAAUGAGAGACCGGAAUGAUGGCUUUGUUUCUAACAUGGACGUGGAUGAUGAUGGUAGGCUACGAAAUGUGUUUUGGGCUGAUGCCCGUAGUCGAGCAGCUUAUGAAUAUUAUGGCGACGUAGUAACUUUCGAUACUACGUACCUAACAAAUAGGUACGGGAUGCCUUUUGCCCCAUUUGUUGGUGUUAAUCAUCAUGGGCAGUCCAUAUUAUUAGGGGUGGGAUUGAUUUCAACUGAGGACACACAUACUUUUGUCUAG